CAUCUCUAUGCUCCUCCUACUCUGUAUCUCUCGCUCUCUCUCUCUCUCUCUCUCUCUCUCUGUUUCUCCAUCCGCGUGGUGAUCCAUGGCGAUUCAUAGUCCUCUGUAUCUCCUUCCUUCUUGUCUCUCUCCUCCUCCUCCCAAACUCUUCAACUUCUCCCCCACCAACACCACCACUCCCAAUACCACUGUUGGUCUCUUCUCGUCCACUCGAUUUAGGCCCCAAACGAGGCCAAUAUCAUUCUCUACGCACUUGAUGAAUUCCAAUUUCUCUGCCGCCGUGGUCGUCGGAGAGGACUUCCCGGCUGACUACACCGACUGGCUUCCCAAACGUAACCCCUACGACCGCCGUCGAGCCGGCGUUCUCCUCCAUCCGACGUCGUUUCCUGGCCCUUACGGCAUUGGUGACCUCGGGGACCAGGCCUUUCGCUUCCUCGAUUGGCUUAACCAUUCUGGUUGCUCCCUCUGGCAGGUUCUUCCUCUGGUUCCUCCUGAUGAGGGGGGAUCUCCAUACUCAGGACAGGAUGCAAAUUGUGGUAAUACCAUUUUGAUUUCUCUCGAGGAGCUUGUAAAAGAUGGUCUGUUGAUGAAGGAAGAGCUUCCAGAACCAGUAGAUGGAGAUCGUGUGCAAUUCUCAACUAUUGCUGAUAUCAAAGCUCCUUUGAUAGCCAAGGCUGCAGAGAGGCUGAUUCUGAGUGAAGGGGAACUGAAACGUCAGCUUGAAGAUUUCCGUAAAGACCUUGAUAUUGCAAGUUGGCUUGAAGAUGCAGCUUAUUUUGCUGCUAUUGACAACUCUUUAAAUACAUUCAGCUGGUAUAAUUGGCCUGAACCCUUGAAAAAUCGCCAUCUUGCAGCCUUCGAAGAAAUUUAUCAAAGCAAAAAGGGUUUCAUAGACAUAUUCAUCGCACAACAGUUUUUGUUUCAAAGGCAAUGGCAAAAAGUUCGUGACUAUGCACGGAUAAAGGGAAUAAGCAUAAUGGGAGACAUGCCCAUUUAUGUUGGCUAUCACAGUGCAGAUGUUUGGGCGAAUAAGAAACAUUUUUUGCUGAACAGGAGUGGCUUUCCUCUUCUUGUUAGUGGUGUUCCCCCUGAUGCCUUCAGUGAAACUGGUCAGCUAUGGGGCAGCCCUCUAUAUGACUGGAAAGCCAUGGAGAAAUAUGGAUUUUCAUGGUGGAUAUGCCGAAUACGGCGUGCACAGAAUCUAUUUGAUGAAUUCAGGAUAGAUCACUUUAGAGGAUUUGCAGGCUUUUGGGCUGUUCCUUCUGAAGCCAAAAUUGCAAUGGUUGGACGGUGGAAGGUGGGACCUGGGAAAUCUUUGUUUGAUGCCAUCUUCAGAGAUGUUGGAAAGAUUAAUAUAACAGCAGAAGACUUGGGAGUAAUCACUGAGGAUGUAGUUCAGCUUAGGAAAGCCAUUGGGGCACCUGGAAUGGCUGUCCUCCAGUUUGGUUUUGGAAGUGAUGCUGAUAAUCCUCAUUUGCCUCAUAAUCAUGAGUACAAUCAAGUUGUCUAUACUGGGACUCAUGAUAAUGACACGAUUCGAGGUUGGUGGGACAUCUUGCCGCAAGAAGAAAAGUCCAAUGUGCUGAAGUAUCUUUCAAUUACUGAGGAAGAGGAUAUUUCUUGGGCACUAAUCCAAGCUGCACUCUCUUCAGUGGCCCGAACUGCAAUAAUACCUAUGCAGGAUAUCCUUUGUCUAGAGUCUGCCAGGAUGAACAUUCCUGCUACUGUGUCUGGAAAUUGGAGUUGGAGGAUACCCAGCUCCACAACCUUUGACAGCCUGGAGACUGAAUCAAGGAAACUAAGGGAUCUUCUCUCAAUGUAUGGGCGUCUGUGAAUUAUUAUUACUGAUAUUUUGCUUUGGUGAGUGGAUACAUCUUUAUCUGUAUAUUGUCUGCAAUGCAUUUUGUUGCAUGAGAUGCAUGUAUUUAGGGCUAAUUAUGAGUUGUAGGACAACUUCGAAUCGACAGACAACUUGGGGACUUGGAAGUAGAUGGCUUAAAUUUUGAUUUCAAAUAAAUAAGUGGCUCCUAGUUUUAUUUUGUUCUUA